GGAGCCAGAGCGGGUGGCGUCCGGCGCCCCUCCCCGCCGCGCGGCCCUCCCACUUCCUCCGAAGGAGCGCGCUGUCAGGGAGCCGGGCGCCCGCGCGCACUGCAGGCUCGAGGCGCCGCGCCGAGGAGGCUGCCGCUCUGGCUCGCCGCCCCCGACGCCGCUCCGCACCGGGCACCCGCCGCCGCGCCGCGCGCCAUGGACCUGCCCAGGGGCCUCUUGGUGGCCUGGACGCUCAGCCUGUGGCCAGGGUUCACGGACACCUUCAACAUGGACACCAGGAAGCCUCGAAUCAUCCCUGGCUCCAGGACGGCCUUCUUCGGCUACACGGUGCAGCAGCACGACAUCAGCGGCAAGAAGUGGCUGGUCGUGGGCGCUCCAUUGGAAACCAACGGCCACCAGAAGACAGGGGACGUAUACAAGUGUCCGGUGACCCAGGGCAACUGCACCAAGCUCAACCUGGGAAGGGUUACCCUGUCCAACGUGUCUGAGCGGAAGGACAACAUGCGCCUCGGCCUGAGCCUGGCCACCAACCCCAAGGACAACAGCUUCUUGGCCUGCAGCCCCCUCUGGUCUCACGAGUGUGGGAGCUCCUACUACACCACAGGGAUGUGUUCACGAGUCAACUCCAACUUCAGGUUCUCUAAGACAGUGGCCCCAGCUCUCCAAAGGUGCCAGACCUACAUGGACAUCGUCAUUGUUCUGGAUGGUUCCAACAGCAUCUACCCCUGGGUAGAGGUUCAGCACUUCCUCAUCAACAUCCUGAAAAAGUUUUACAUCGGCCCUGGGCAGAUCCAGGUUGGAGUUGUUCAGUACGGAGAAGACGUGGUACAUGAAUUUCACCUCAAUGACUACAGGUCCGUAAAAGAUGUAGUGGAAGCGGCCAGCCACAUUGAGCAGAGAGGAGGAACAGAGACCCGCACAGCAUUCGGCAUCGAAUUUGCUCGCUCAGAGGCUUUCCAGAAGGGCGGAAGGAAAGGGGCCAAGAAGGUAAUGAUUGUCAUCACAGAUGGGGAGUCCCACGACAGCCCGGACCUGGAGAAGGUGAUCCAGCAAAGCGAGAGGGACAACGUGACCAGAUAUGCUGUGGCCGUCCUGGGCUACUACAACCGCAGGGGGAUCAAUCCAGAAACUUUCCUAAAUGAAAUCAAAUACAUCGCCAGUGACCCAGAUGACAAGCACUUCUUCAACGUCACCGACGAGGCGGCCCUGAAGGACAUUGUCGAUGCCCUGGGGGACCGGAUCUUCAGCUUGGAAGGCACCAACAAGAACGAAACCUCCUUCGGGCUGGAGAUGUCGCAGACCGGCUUUUCCUCGCACGUGGUGGAGGACGGGAUUCUGCUGGGAGCCGUUGGCGCCUAUGACUGGAACGGAGCUGUGCUAAAGGAGACCAGUAGCGGGAAGGUCAUUCCUCUGCGCGAGUCGUACCUGAAGGAGUUCCCCGAGGAGCUCAAGAACCACGGAGCGUAUCUGGGGUACACAGUCACGUCGGUCGUGUCCUCCAGGCAGGGGCGGGUGUACGUGGCCGGAGCCCCACGGUUCAACCACACGGGCAAAGCCAUCUUGUUCACCAUGCACAACAAUCGGAGUCUCACCAUCCACCAGGCCCUGCGGGGUGAGCAGAUAGGCUCUUACUACGGGAGCGAGAUCACCUCCGUGGAUAUCGAUGGCAACGGCAUGACAGACGUCCUGCUGGUCGGCGCGCCCAUGUACUUCAGCGAGGGCCGAGAGCGGGGCAGGGUGUACGUCUACAACCUGAGACAGAACCGGUUUGUUUAUAACGGAACGUUGAAGGAUUCCCAGAGUUACCAGAAUGCCCGAUUCGGGUCCUCCAUCGCCUCGGUUCAGGACCUCAAUCAGGAUUCCUACAAUGACGUGGUGGUGGGAGCCCCUCUGGAGGACAACCACAGGGGAGCCAUCUACAUCUUCCACGGCUUCCGAGGUAGCAUCCUAAAGACGCCGAAGCAGAGAAUCACUGCCUCAGAGCUGGCUCCGGGCCUCCAGUAUUUUGGCUGCAGCGUCCAUGGGCAAUUGGACCUCAACGAGGACGGGCUUGUCGACCUGGCGGUGGGCGCCCUUGGCAAUGCUGUGAUUUUGUGGUCCCGCCCCGUGGUUCAGAUCAAUGCCAGCCUCCACUUUGAGCCAUCCAAGAUCAACAUCUUCCACAGGGAUUGCAAACGCAACGGCAGAGACGCCACCUGCCUGGCCGCCUUCCUCUGCUUCACACCUGUCUUCCUGGCGCCCAAUUUCCAAACGGCAACAGUUGGCAUCAGGUACAAUGCCACCAUGGACGAGAGGCGGUACACGCCGCGGGCCCACCUGGAUGAGGGCGGGGACCGAUACACCAACAGGGCUGUCCUGCUCCUCUCCGGCCAGGAACACUGUGAUCGGAUCAACUUCCAUGUGCUGGACACCGCUGACUACGUGAAGCCAGUGACCUUCUCAGUCGAGUAUUCCCUGGAGGACCCCGACCACGGCCCCAUGCUGGACGACGGCUGGCCCACUACCCUCAGAGUCUCGGUGCCCUUCUGGAAUGGCUGCAAUGAGGACGAGCACUGUGUCCCCGACCUCCUGCUGGAUGCCCGCAGUGACCUGCCCACAGCCAUGGAGUACUGUCAGAGGGUGUUGAGGAAGCCCGCCCAGGACUGCUCCGCAUACACACUGUCCUUCGACACCACGGUUUUCAUCAUAGAGAACACGCGCCGACGGGUGGCGGUGGAGGCCACGCUGGAGAACAAGGGCGAGAACGCCUAUAGCACAGUCCUAAAUAUUUCACAGUCAGCAAACCUGCAGUUUGCCAGCUUGAUCCAGAAGGACGACUCGGACGGCAGCAUCGAGUGCGUGAAUGAGGAGAGGAGACUCCACAAGAAAGUCUGCAAUGUCAGCUACCCCUUCUUCCGGGCCAAGGCCAAGGUGGCCUUCCGUCUAGAUUUCGAGUUCAGCAAAUCCAUCUUCCUGCACCACCUGGAGAUCCAGCUCACAGCCGGCAGUGACAGUGACGAGGAGGAGAGCACCAAGGAGGACAACACGGCACUCCUGCGCUUCCACCUCAAGUACGAGGCUGACAUCCUCUUCACCAGGAGCAGCAGCCUGAGCCACUACGAGGUCAAGCCCAAUAGCUCGCUGGAGAGAUAUGAUGGCAUUGGGCCUCCCUUCUCCUGUGUUUUCAAGAUCCAGAACUUGGGCUUGUUCCCCAUCCACGGGGUGAUGAUGAAGAUUACCGUUCCCAUCGCCACCAGGGGCGGCAACCGCCUGCUGAUGCUGGGGGACUUCCUCACUGACCAGGUGAACACGUCCUGUAACAUCCAGGGGAACAGCACAGAGUACCGGCGAGCCCCGACAGACGAAGACUUGAGUCGUGCCCCACAGCUGAAUCACAGCAACUCUGACGUAGUCUCCAUCAACUGCGACGUGAGGCUGGCCCCCAACCAGGAAAUCAAUUUCCGUCUGCUGGGGAACCUGUGGUUGAGGUCCCUAAAGGCACUCAAGUACAGGUUGAUGAGGAUUGCAGUCAAUGCCGGCUUGCAGAGGCAGUUCCACAGUCCUUUCAUCUUCCGCGAGGAGGACCCCAGUCGCCAGAUCACGUUUGAGAUCUCCAAGCAAGAAGACUCGCAGAUCCCCAUCUGGAUCAUUGUCGGCAGCACACUGGGGGGCCUCCUGCUGCUGGCCCUGCUGGUCCUGGCGCUAUGGAAGCUCGGCUUUUUUAAAAGUGCCAAGCGUAGGAGGGAGCCCAGCCUGGACUCCACCCCCAAAGUGCUGGAGUGAGGCUCCUGAGGAGGCUGCGAGUCGAUGGGGGCCAAGACACCCAUCCAGGUGGUGUACAGGCCCAGGCCGGUGGCCCCACCGAGCUGGGGCGGAGAGGACGCCAGCUCGCUUUGCACUUGACCUCAUCUCCUGAGAGAGGAACCUGCUCCCUCUGGA